AUGUGGCCUUCUGAGGAAAAAAGCCUGGAAGGGAAUGAGGAGUGGGCCAAUGGUCACUGUGACUUUGUCACCUUCACUGCUUUCGAUGAUCUCGAUGGUUUGGACAUUUUCGAUCUCUGUCUUGGCACUAUCAUACUGCCAUUCUUUGGAUGUAUGGACUGGUGGGAAUUCCGCCCGGGGGGAUUCCCAUGGAUACUCCUCUUCUUCGGCCCUGUAGUGUUGCCGAUUCUAAUCUCGUCGACCACAAAGAAAGUUCGGGGUAUCCUGACGACGAUUUUUACCGAAAUCUCGCGUGAACUGAUUGCGUCAGCUUUGUGUGUGACGAAGCGCGAGGGAGUAAAGCUGCCGUUUUGGGGCACUCCGUAUGGCGACAGCAGUGAAUCGGUGGUCUCCGCGAUGUCGGAUUCAUUUGGCUGGCGAAUGCCCUCAGGCACGGCACAGCUAUCACUAGCUAACCGCGACCCAGGAGCACCGAAUGCCAAAUGGCGCAAACACUCCAAGCAGUAA